CACGAACCACACCACUCCCAAAAUUGCGUCAAAUUAAAGAGCAUGCCGGGCACUAAGCUUACUUCACAUCAGCCUUUCCAUACUAAGAGUGUUCCUGACGCCCUAUCCGCUCGCAGCAUCGUCUACGUUAGCUCACGUUCUCGAAUUUGGUGCGCACCUACCUAAGCCGCCACGACUCUAUCACGAUGGACUGCAUCAAUACCAUUACCCACGCAUGCUCCACAACAACUGCUGCUGCUAGCACUGCCACUGCCACAGUUACUGUCCAUGUCCCAACCUGGGUCUCAACCUGCGUUCCCUGUUCAGCAGCCACCACCAAAUACAUAUUCUCCGAGGAAUCGCUCAGCCGGCUUACCGACGCUCUGUAUUCGCUUGCAUCGGCGAAACGUCUGAAGUACUUUCCCCCAGGUUGGGUUUUCAUCCUCUGCUUCAUCUGCUUCAUCGCAGGAGAAUGGGUUGGGAAGAAAAAGUGGCUCUACCAGCCUGUGGAGGCCGACAACCGUGUUCUCGCCGACGUCGAUCCAGCCACAGCCAUGGUAGACCAACAACAAGAAUGACAUGGAAAUAUCGGGAGUGGGGAUGGGAGUCUGAUAAAGGCAGACUCUAUCUGGGUCAUUUUUCACCACCUCUUGGCUCGGGGUUUCUGUGUGCUGUGCUUCUGGGAGGAAGUGGAGGGGUUGUCAACAAGGCAGAGAAUGGAAGGACGAAAGGGGCCAUGCUAUGAUACUACUGUAUUUGAGAUCAGCUCAUAUUCCUAGGUACCUGCAUGUAGCAAGGCAUUGGGCUGUGCUUUCUUUCCCCUUCGGAGAAAGCUUCCGAGGUCACUGCCAUGACCGGUUUGCUCAACUGAACACAGGAACGAACAUCACGAAG